UACCCCUAGCAGUGCCAGGAAGACUGGGGGGUGCAGAAGCAGCAGGGCCAGCCCAGCCCAUGUCCUGCCCCAGUCCUGGAAGGACAGAAGGAACAAGGCUUAUACCCGCUUGGCUGAGGUGCCAUGGCCAGACUCUGCCUGAGCCUGCUGCUCCUGGUGGCCACUGUGACCUUUGUGUCCAGAGGUGUCCACACCUGGGGCAGAUCGAAGGUAGUGAGGAAUUUCCAAGACAUCCCGGAAACUUACGUCUAUGUGCGGCAGGCACUGUGGCAUGCCAUGAAAGAGUAUAACAAGGCCAGCAAAGACAAGUACACCUUCAAGGUGGUGAAGGUCCUGAAAUCCCAGGAGCAGGUCACAGACAGUUUGGACUACUUUCUUGAAGUCAAAAUUGCCCGAACAAUGUGCAAGAAAAUUUCAGGAGAAAAUGAAAACUGCUUGUUACAACAGGAUCCCCAAAUGAAAAAGAUGUUUCUUUGCAACUUUAUUGUUGCAACAAAACCUUGGAAAUUUGAAUUCACUACGCUGAAGAAACAAUGUGAAGAGGUCUAAUUACCUUCUAGCAUAUUCCACUGCUUUCACUUCCAUUUUAAAGAAGCAAAUACACUUGCAAAACAUUUAAAUAA